AUGGAAUCGUCACUCUUUCCCGGUGCAGCAUUCGAUGACGAGGACAACGUGAGAUUUCAGUGGGACCUGAAUGUUCUUCUCCACAUCGUAAUUUCCACAGAAAGAUCGGCUUCUUUGAUGAUCGGCUAUUUCCGUGCAGGAGGAGUUCGACUGGGAGGCCGCUGUCAGGGAGAUAGACUCCGCGUGCCAGGGGGCGUCUGCUUCCACUUCUGGCCGGGUGGGCGCGGCAACCUCAGUCCCCGAUCAGACGGCGCGGUGGUCUCGCUCCUCCAAGCCGGGAGGGCCUGCAUGCGGGCACCGGCAGUCCACCCUUGAUAGCUUUCUGGGAGCGUGCAGGAAACCUAGGGACGUGGUUUACGGAUCUGGACAUUGCCCCCCUAAGACAGACGCUGAUGGUGGCAACCACCAUGGCGAUGAUCAAAUGGCUGCGGUUAGGAUCGAUCUGGACGCCGCCAAAACGUGGAUUUACCCAGGUUGGCGACCCAAUCCAGUCUUUCUUUUCCCCUCAUUGUCAUUUUAGCUUGCGACCAUUGACUCCCUCCCAAUGGUUCAAUGCCUAAACAACUUGAGCAGGAUGAUAAUGGAGAGCAUCCACAAAUUUAUCCAGAAAAAGGAGAGAAGGCAACUAUCCAUAAGAACAACCUAACUCCCAAAAGAAGAAGGAGAAAAAAAAAGUCACAGUUGCUCCACAGAAUCGAUGGACAAACAACUUGCAUAAAAGAAAGGCGGAUUCAUUAGCUUUCGUAAUUCAAUCGUUGAUGCUUGGCGGUGCAGUGUAAUCUUGCACUAAACUAACUUGUGCUAUGAAGGUUCCGGAAUCAUACAGAUUCAGUGUCUUGUUUGAAGAUCUCAAGCUUUCCCACCGUACUGCCCAAGGCCCCAGAAAAUUUUGUGGAUUUAAUGUGCAGUGCAUUAUGAUUUCAACCGUUACUUUGCUAAAAAUGUCAUUCAGAGAACAUGAUCAAAUCCAUUAUUUUAUAUUCAAUAAAUUUCAUCUUAUGGUUCCAUUCAAAGAUCUCUGCCUUUAUUGUAGCUAAAAUUCUAUCAUAAAUAGUUUGGUUACGAAUGUGAAAUUUACCUUUUCUUUUUUGGGUCCAAAACUCCAUUAUUGCUUCUUUUUUUUGUCAGUCAAUGUCCCUCUUCGUGACUACCAGUUUUCCAUAACGAAGACUGCUCUAUUUUCAAAUACACUGGUUGCUUUACCUACUGGACUUGGAAAAACUCUUAUAGCAGCUGUUGUGAUGUACAACUACUUCAGAUGGUUUCCAGGAGGUAAUGCUGCCUUGAAUUUUUUUUGUUUGUUCCAAGUUUUGAUGCAGGUGUCUCUCGUUCUCUUUCAAGGCCUCAGAUCCUGUUCCAGUGUCCACUAGUAUGAUCUAAGAGCUUUAUAUGGGUUGUGUAUCAAUGUACAAGUUAAACGUCAUUUUACUACGUCUAAUGCAGCCAACUACUUUCAAAUUUCUUGAACAUACAGUUAGAGAGGUUUAUUACCCUCUCCUCGUGUUACAUUAAAGAGGUAAAGUUUUCCAUAGUUUACCAUACGAGUAUCAAAUACAUUGAUCAUGCAGAGAAAAAUGAGCUAUUUUGUCUUUUUCUUCUGAAUCCCUGCAGCCCUAGACUCUGGUCUUGCUUUUUGUAUUAUUCAAAUUUGGGCACGUUUUAAAACCAUUAACUGAUAAUUAAAGCUAGACUCGCUCCAUAAUUAAACAGCACAAUUUCCUCCACUUUUCUUCUCCUACUUCCCUACCCUCGCCUGAGUUACUGUUUCAUAACGACCCCAUAUAUGAAUGAACAUUUUUAAGCGUGUUAUAUUUUGUAUUUAUUGUGCCCUGAGUUUUAGUAGAAGUUCUUGAAAGGCUGGCACCUCGUACUAUAUUUGUUUUCUUAACAUUAUCAUUGGCUUGAGUGGCCCCGUGUUCCUUGCUAUUUCUGCUAUAACCGUAUCCAUCCUGUGUUGCUCUAAGUGCAGAGAUAUCAAUGUCAGUUAAUGUCUUCCAAGACAUUUCCUGUGUCAUCUACUAGAUAGUUGGAUUUAGCGAAUGCCAGACACCUGGACAAUUUACUUGUUAAUGUCAGUUGGUUCUCUCUCCUUUCUCAUUCCUUUGAUUUCCAAUGAGCUAUUUCAGGAAAAAUUGUCUUUGCUGCUCCAUCACGGCCUCUUGUUAUGCAACAGAUUGAGGCUUGCCAUAAUACUGUUGGCAUUCCACAGGUAAAAACUGGGAGCUUCAUAAUAUUACUUUAUUUUGUCUUGAUGCAUAUUCUGAAGAGAUUGCAAUCAAACCGAUUGUAGGAAUGGACAAUCGAUAUGACAGGUCAGACGAAUCCCCAAAAACGCUCACAAUUUUGGAAAUCAAAGAGAGUCUUUUUUGUUACUCCCCAAGUUCUUGAGAAGGACAUUCUAUCUGGUGAUUAUGCUUGAUUGGAGAAACUCCUAAUUAUUUGAAAUGAUAUUUUCUCUAAUUUCAUGGUCUGCUUUAGGCAUCUGUCCAGUGAAGCAGCUAAUUUGUUUGGUUAUUGACGAAGCACAUCGAGCUAUGGGGAACUAUUCAUAUUGUGUUGCAGUCCGUGAGGCAUGUCUCGUGACUUCGCCAAUUUUUCUUUGCUGUGGUUACGUCAGCAUAUAUGAAUAUAUGGAUGUGUAUAUGUAUAUGUACAUAUUUCUUCUUAAUACUAUUUUUUAAUAAAAAAUAUUUUUUCCUUAUAUACUAGUGUCUCUCAUCCUCUGAGGAACAUAGGUAAUACAGAUGCUUACGUUUCUCAUUAUUGGAAAAAACCAUAGAUCAUAAUCUCAUAUUUUUGAAGGGAGAUCUAUGCUUCAAUUCCCUCCCCCCCUCUCUAUGGCCCACAAUAUUUAAAAUAAAUAAUGACUCCUCCCUUGUCUUUUCUUUGGAUUUGCAGUUGAUGACUUUGCCAGUGCAACUAAGGGUUUUAGCUUUGACAGCAACGCCAGGAUGUAAGUUUUUCUGUGGUAAAAUAUAGAAAAGAAUACAUACUUAUUAUGCAUGCAUAAACUUACAUCUAUGAGUCGUUAUGUCUGGUGCUAUCUAUCACCAACAGCAAAGCAGAAGACUAUUCAGAAUGUUAUUGAUAAUCUUCACAUAUCGACUCUUGAAUAUCGGAAUGAAAAUGACAAUGAUGUCAGCCCAUAUAUUCAUAGCAGGAAACUUGAAUUAAUAGAGGUAUCUCUUAUCAAUGUUUAUCCAUUUUAUUGUCAUGCACAUGUAUACCAAUGUAUUUUGAAUAAUACCUUUUGUCACUUUGCUAGGUUUCCAUGUGCAAGCAAGCUGUCGCGAUCAAUAAUUUCUUAUUGGAAACUAUACGGCCAUUUGCAUCAAGGCUUUGUAAUUUGGGGGUGCUUUGGUGUAGAGACUUUGCCGCUGUAUGUUCUUUUGUCUAUUACGUUUGGAAUUUUUAUAUUAUUUGACAUAUGGAUCAUUUUUAUUGUAUAUUUAUCUUUAUGCUAGGGUUGAUAUUGUGGAAAAGGUAUUAAAUAGAUUGCUGGUAUCUUCUACUGGAGUUAUUAUGUAGUAAAGGCAUUUAUCAACAUAAAUGUCUAGUUCAAGUCAUUGCAGUAGUAUCUGGAACGGGUUAGGUUUGAGUUUGACGUCAGUACUUUCGUUUUUAUUCCCGUAGUACAUUAGCUUGGGUUGGCUCGCUUAAAGUCAAUACAUUGCUGCAUUACGUUAUAGGGACUUUCCAUGGCAGUCAGAGACUCUUGACUUUCACCUCUAAUAGUACAGCACUUUCGUGUCUAUGGGUAAAUAAUGAUUUACUUGUUCAUUUCAAUGCUAUGAAGGGACACAUUCCAUAAUGCGUUCAAGUUUUAUCUAUAGUGUUCAAUAGAGAGUAAGCCAUUUUUCUUUAUUUUGAUCUCUUCUUUUGUAGAGUUUUUCUGGCUCAUGUUCUCAUCUAAUUUUUUUUUAUCAGUUGAGCCCAUGUGAAUUGCUUAAUUCGAGGGAUAAGUUCCGGCAAGCACCUCCAUCAAAUCUUCCACUUCCAAAGUAUGGUGAAGUGGAAGGAUAUUUCGGAGUUCUGAUUACACUUUAUCAUAUCAGAAAGUUACUCUCGAGUCAUGGUAUAAGGCCAGCAUAUGACAUGCUUGAAGACAAGUUGAAGCAGGGGUAUACUCCGACGGUUUUCUUUUGAAUGGUUGUUUUGUCAUAGAUUUCUCUUGCUACAUUGUUUAUGAUUUUUUGCACGUAAUUAAGCCUAUAUUCUCUUCUUUCAGGCUGGAAAUGUCAUGUUUCCUAUUGGUCGGUGUAUUAGUCUCGGGUUAAUUUUAUGUUAUGAUGCAAUUUCACUCUUUUGGCCUAAUCCUCAUUUUUUGCAAUUGCUAAGGGAUAGUCUUGCUUUCUCUUGGUUUCUGUUGAAUUUAUAUAUCAAAACAGACUUUUUAUUUGUCUCUUUGGGAAUUAGUUAUAACAUUUUGAUUAGUCCAUCGCAAUUAUGCUUCGAACUAAUGUGAGCUUUACCAAAUUAAUGAUUUAUCGGGUUACUUUGCUGUCUUCAUGAUGGACAUUUUCCAAUUUAAGUAUUUUGUCUUCAUGCCUGACUUGUUCCAUUUUUUCAUAUGGCUGUCACAAUCUGUGUUCGAAUUGGUUCUUGAACCAUCACAUUGUCGAUCCAUUGCGAAACUUCUUUCACAAAAAUGCCGUAUUAUUUCUUUUUUUAAAGUUUUACCUUGUUUAAAUCCUACAUAUCUUUCCUAUUUUGACAUGAAAUAUCUUCAUAUUCCACUAUGAUCCUUCCUAUGCCAUUUAGAUUCAUGAUGUUUAUGGUUUGCCAUUUCUGCAGAUCAUUUGCAAGACUUAUGUCAAGGAAUGAAAUCAUUUGGGAUGCAAAACGUCUAAUGCAGCAAAGCUUGUCACAUGGGGCUCCCAAUCCUAAACUUGAGAAAAUGAAAGAAGUUUUGAUCGAUCAUUUUAGUAUGUUACUUACUGUAUUUCAUCCUCAUGCAUGUGCAGUCUUCCUCUUCUUAGGUAUCCUAUGCUGAUAUGCUUUAGUUCUAGUAUUAACUCUCUGCCUCCCCAAUGAUAAGAGAUUGCAAAACACGAGAGCAACUGUCUUUAUUCUUUGGAAUAUUACUUUUUUACGAGUAUCUUGAUAUAUCCGACACCAUGGAGACAAACAUGACGCCCUUAUGAUAGAAUUCUGAAAAUUAGAGCUUUUUUAUAGUGAUGACAGUGAUGUCCAGCUUGUUGUGGAAUAUAAGAAUUGUUGCUUGUUCAGAUUGGCAAUAGCACUGUUUUGCCUGACGAUGCCAACAAAUUUGUCGUCCAUUUUCAGAUCCUAUGGUUUUGUGUUAGAGAAUCAUAUAGUGAAGUGAUGUCUUAGUCAUGCGUGAUAAGUUUAGGUUACAGUCAUGGUUUGUAAUUGCUUCUUAUCGUGGUUAACUUGCACUAGGAAUAAAUAAAAGGCAAUGUGAUCCAUUCCAGAAAGAGUCAGAGAUGCUUUUAAGAGAAAUUUUCCUUUCCGUUAGUUCCGUGGAUGGUGCCUCCUAAAAUGAUGUAAAACAGUUGUUAUUGAAUCCACAGUUUUAUCUCUUCCAGCUGAACCUGAUCCGAUUUCAUUAAACUUUUAUGAACGCAUCAAGAAUUUGAAAUCGUUGUCCACAUGACCAGUGUUCUAGUGACGAGAGGAUCCAAUCAAAAUGUCUAAUAGGUUGGUUUAACGAUCACAGAGUGAUUCUUGUCGGAUAGAUUUUGUGUUUGCCAGUUAGACCUCGUCAGAUAGAUUAAAUCAAACUGUGCUUCUGUCCUGUUUGACAUUUUCUUGUUCAAAAAUGUUUAUCUUACUCUGAGGCACUGAUAGAGUGCAGCCUAUUUUAUAUCCAUGCAUGUCUCUUGUUGGAAUCAUGAAAUUUUUCGUGGAUAUCGAAUGAUAGAAAUUGAUCUUACUGGGAACAGGCUGUUCAAGCAUAUAUUUUCAAGUACCUUCAGAUGAUAUUUUGUAUCUUUUCAUCGGAAUAAUGUGUUUUCUAUUUGUGAAUCUCACACAUGCCAGUUUUUUGAGCCAGAAAGUCAUUCGUGGUUAUUGAUUGAUAAAAGAUGCGUGUAUUGGGAAAUUUGUGCUGCUUUGUACUCCGUACUAAUGUCCAUAUUAACUUUUUGAUGUAAUGUAGAUACAUCUACAUCAAAUCCAUCGUGGCUCCCUUUUACUAGUUAAAAGAAAUUGUAUCAUUUUGCAAUAACUUGUUUCUUUCUAUUGUAGAAACGAAGGAUCCUAAGCAGUCAAGGGCAAUCAUCUUUUCAAAUUUUAGAGGCAGUGUCAAGUAAGGAAAUUUUUGUCAUUUUCAUGAGAAUUAUUUUCAAGCGGUGAUGUUUGUUAUUUUGGCUAUGGGCUCUAUUAUGUCAUAUUUAUCACUUUUCGGUGUCUGGAUCUUCAUUUGGUUGUUAAGAUAGUUUAAUUAUGCUCGUAUCACUUUCCACUGUCCUUGUUUGACGAGAUUAGGCUUGGACUCAGCCUUAUGUUUUUUGGAAAUAUGAACUAAGCCCGUGGGUUGCCAGCCUAGACUGACUUGUGUGAGUCGGCUUUAAUUUUUGACUUUAUCAGUCUAACCCAAGAAGACUGUAAAAGUCAGUCAUCUGAUCUGUAGAAUAAGGACCCUAAGGUCAGAAUGCACACGAAUCGGAUUGACUAAAUAUUGAAUUGGCCUGAUCUUAAAUGUGGCUUCUAAUGAUCUCCUUUCCUCUUUGAUGCACCUUCUCGCAGGAUUCUCCUUCCCACAUCCUCCGCCCAUUCUCUGUAUCCUUCCUCUAAACACAUUCUCAUCCUUCACCCCAGCUCUGACAUCCUUUUGAACCACUUCCUAACCCUAUCCUCCCCAUCCUCUCUUCUUCCUUCCUCUUAAGGUUAACCCAUCUAGAAAGUAUUAUCUGCCUCUCCCGUACUCUCUCUUCUUCAGUCUACCUCCACCCUCUCCCCCUUUAGUUUAGUCUGGGUCUGGCCAAACUUGAGCCUAAUCAUCAGAUGAGGCUAAGCCCUAGCUCCUGCGAGAUAUCCCCAUUUACAUGAAUUAGUCCAGCAAAGUUCAGAUGCAGGCAUUGUAAGAAAUCAGAGAAUUUUGUAAAACAGAUUUAUUCUGACUCUAAACUUCCUUUUGAAUUAUGUUUUUUUUUCUAACCUUGAUAAUUUGAACUUUUUUUUUCGUCUGACAUUGCAACUAAAAUCCUUGUGUGAUGUUUUCUGUUUUGCCAGACAUGAACAUAAAUUUAUGGGAUCAGUUAUUUUCCUCGUAACUUAAUGCAUUUUUAUUUUCUAAGCUUCUUGUUUUAAUUUAUGAUCUAGUUCGUUGUUUGAUUUUUUUAAUACUUAAUAAGAUUAUGCAUGGACUAAUGUUGACAGUUAUCAAAUAUGUUCAGAGACAUAAUGAACUCAUUAUCUGAUAUGGGAGAGGUUGUUAAUGCUACCGAGUUUAUUGGUCAAAGCUCAGGUUUGCUUUCUUCUAUUUCAUGAUGACUUUUUGGAGACAACAUUCUUUACUUAAAAGUUACUUUCGCCAGUUAUCUAUGGAUUAUAGCACAACACCUUUUUAGCUCUGGCAUUAAUUUGUGACAUUUAUGAAUUAGUGUCCUUGUUGUUUCAACAUUUUUUUUUGGUUUACUGGCUUUCCAAUAUUCCCCUGGAAGUAGUCUAUAAGGACUGAUCGAUCCAAUGGAAGGAAAGCCCUCUAUUACCGUAGGUUAACUUUGAUAUAAAUGGAAAAAUAGUGGACUAAUGUUAAUGGGACUUAAACAUAAGUGGUGAGCACUUAGAUUGAAUGGUAGACGUAGGUCUGUUACUUCGAACUUCUUCCACAUUGUUUUCAACGUUUGCUCUUGUUAAGACUAUCUAUGACUCAUGGCAUAGUAAAUAUUAUAAAUUCAUUACUAAGACCAUCUUUGACUAUCUUUGUUAAGCAUCCUAGUAGUACUAGGCAUUUAUCAUCUUCCAGAACGUUUUCCCUCUGUCCCUUCUAAAUUGAUAUUUAUUAAGUUCAUGUAUAAGUGGGAGGAUGGUGUAUGGCUAGCAGAUGGUCUAAACACGCUAUCCAGUCCUUUGGGAAUCUUGAGCCUAAAGAUGAGCCCAUGUUUGUAGAAUAAGCUGCAACAUGGCAAUGAAAAAGAGUGUCUUCUGAUCAGCCCAAAUCUUACUUUGGGGGCUAUGUAACUUUGAUUCUUCGCCUACUUUUUUAACUGUCUGUAAUUCAGAUGUAUUCCUAUGAUUAACAAGUCAAUAACAAGAGAGAAAUUGAGAAGUAUCAUUUUAUUCCAGGUUAGUCACCAUUUUUCCCUCAGUCUUUUACAGCUUAGCGUCACACACCUGGGGAUGUUAUGUCACAAAUGUCCUUCACACGCACACCAUGAGUGUUCUGUUAGACGUAAUCUCUACGCUGACAUUUCACCAUACAUUACCACAAUUAUCCUUCACACACCACAUUAACAUUAUUAAGUUUAUAUGUCGAAUAAAAUAUGUCAAAUAAAUCUUAACAAUUGGAAGGGCAAACAAAUUUUUCUCCGCCCAUUUGUGAGGCUUUAACAUAUGCGCUGGCUUUAUUUAAAAAGGGAUGAUUCCUGCCUCAACAAUUCGUGCCUAGAAAAAGCAAAAGAAACGGUUUUUUUUAGGAAACUAGUUCAUGAAUUGAAGUUUCAUAUAUCAAAUUUUCGUGUAGCACAACAAAUAAAAUUUCGCUUCAAAUUUUUUAUGUAGGCAUUUAUGUGAAAGUAUAAUAUAUCUUUUUUAUUUUCUUGUCUCAUCUUGGGGACAUUUCAUCGUCUUGUAUUCAGUUUUGCAAGAUCAACUUUUGUUUUCAUUUUCAAUUUCUUGAGAACGUCAUUAAGUGAUGACAUUAUUUCAUUGAAUAAUUUAAUAUGCAUAGGGUGAUCUCUCUUUUGGGCAACUGGUUUUUUAUUAUAUUCCUCCCUAUAUUUCUAAUAAUUUUUUUGCCUUACGAUGACUUUUAUAGGAAAAGCUUUGAAAGGGCAAACACAGAAAGUUCAACAAGCUGUCUUACAGGUGGCGUUGUGGUUCCCACCUUUUGUUUUUUACUGUUUUCUUUUAACGUAGAGAUCAAAGAACUCUUGUUUCGUCAUAAUAUGAUGAAAACUAGACAAGGUUUUGCCAUUUGCCAAAUUCACGAGCAGUACUCUGUUUAUAAUGAUUGUAAUCGAACCAUAGUUCAUUAGUAAGCAUAUCACCCUCAAUAUAGCACAAAUCGGAGACAGCUGAUAUUUGAUAUUUCUUAUAGACUUUCUUCGUUCCAAGCUAUGAUUUUUUCUUAUCAUUUUCGUAACAGAGAUUUCGUGCUGGCGGAUACAAUGUCAUUGUAGCAACAUCAAUUGGUGAAGAAGGCCUAGACAUCAUGGAAGUUGACCUUGUAAUCUGCUUUGACGCUAAUAUCUCUCCUUUGAGAAUGAUCCAACGCAUGGGAAGAACAGGAAGGAAGCAUGAUGGGCGAGUUGAUAUCCUUACAAUGGUGUUUCAGAUUCCCACAAUUAGCAAAUCAUGUCUACUGAAAUAAAUGUUAUGAAACCAGGAUUUACUCUCAUUUAAUGUUGUCAAUGUCAUUAGAUAAAUGCACCAACAUAGAUGAUCUGUAAAAUACUUGGUUUAAACGACCCACAUUCUUGAUAACCUCGAGUCUGGUACGAAUCUUUCAAAAAAAAAAUAUAUAAUUAUAUUUUAUGAUGAAUGAUUCCAAGCUUCCUAGAUUUCAAUCCACCUCCUUUAACCAGUCGCAAUCCGAAAACUACCCCGUCUUCCUUGACUUUUUGCACUGGUUUUAGCAUGCGAAGGAUCUGAAUUAAAGGGGUAUUUGAAAAAACAAGCGAACAGCAAGGUCGUGAGAAAGCACAUGCAUAAUGGAGGAAUCAGGAGCUUUGAUUUUCACCCAAGUCCUAGAAUGGUUAGGAAUAUCAUUGUAUUGUGCAAUUGGGUGCCCUUUGUUUCUAUGAAAUAAUUCAUCUAGUGUCUUUCUAUUAUAUACUUUUCUCCAGGUCCCUCAUACGUGCAGACCCCAGGCACAGUUUGUGGAAUUGUCAAUUGAACAGUUUGUUCCUCGUGGACGGAAAAUGGGAGAUGGUCUAACAUGCAGAUCUCCAUUUGCAAAGGAAAUAUCAAAGGAAGAGAAAUGCUUGAUUGCUAGGUAUUUCCGUUCUUCCGAGGAAGAUAUAUGGAAGCCAUCUCUCAUUGCCUUCCCCCGCUUUCAGGCUUUCGCCUCUAGGAUACAUAGAGUAAGGCAUUCAUAUAAAACAACAGGGAUGCUGAUUGAUGCUAUGCAGCGUCUCCAAGGGUUCUCGUCAUUUAAGGCCAAUGAUAAUCAUUCCUAUGAGGUAUUGAAAUAUUUCGCAGUAGUGUUUCCUAUAAAAAUCUGAAGAAAACUCAAGUUUACCUAAUGUCCUAUACCUUUUCAGAUUAAUCUUCCCUCAGAUCAGGUCAUGGAAAUUGUAACACACGGUGAUAACUAUGAAAAAGGUAAAGUGAUCCUAAUUGAUCUUUUAGGAUUGCAAUACUUUCUACGUUAAAAGACUUACUUCUUGCUACCUUAUCGCAGAAUGUCCCGUUUCAUUCAGAUUUGAUCUUUUGAAAAGUAAAACAGUGAAGUGUUUAUUAUAAAAGUAGGCCAGUCUAUUAAAUCCAGUGAACAUAUUUACUUCUGAAUUUUAUCAGAAGUAACAUAGGUUCAUGUUGUCUUGCCUUAUUGAGAUCAGCGUCCGAACCUUAUUCUUCUCCGUAUUAAGAAUAGCUUUAAAUCAUUGUCUAUAUUGCAUGCAGCAGCUGAUGAUCAACUUCUUUGAACUUUAUUUGUCCUUAAACUUGGAAUGCAGUACUGGCUUGGAUUUCGUGCGAGCUAACUUUUUCAGUUGGCUAUGGUGAAAAUGCAUUUAAGUUACAUUAUUAUGCUCUUCAAUUUGCGUAUCUCGAUUGUAUAAUCCCUUUUAUUCUUUGAUUAUAUCAGUUUAUUCUGUCCAGGUCUUAAAUAAAUAGAUAAAAAAUCCAAUUUCUUUGUUUUUUGUACUAUGCGGCCGACGUAUUCCUUAAAUCUCUUUCUAGUAAUAUCUAAAGGGAAGUUUUCAUAGCCCUAUCAUACUUGCCUUUCUCUAUUCUUCUGUUCUAAUCCUAUCAAUUGGUACUUCAUUGUGUGAGCAACCAGAAGAAGAUAGCGUUCUAACUUCUUCCUGAUUUCUCGGCAUCCACGAUUUCCAACAGGUCAUUUCAUUUCUUGUUGAAAGCUACCUUCUCCUGAGAGAUGUCAUAGGGGAAUCUCUAUGAUAAUAGGUGAAAAUCACCGAUGUUUAAUACUCACCAAAUACUCUUCUUUUCUGAUGUCUGCUAGCAUCAUUAAGCACCAAGGGACGUUGAUUAUCAGCCUGAAUAGCGGCUAAACUUGAAUUUUCCGCAAUGGGUAACCAGAUUAGCGAAGAAGGCUACCAUAGAAGGAAAAGUAAUCAAAUCGUGUAGAAUAUUCCCAUGUUUACUUACCAGCCGUGUUCAUUAAAAUGGUAGCUUUUCUUAGCCCUUUAACUCACAGUGAUGCAACCUGUAACACAAGGUACUCAUAAUAAUUUGCAGAAGAUGACUGUUUGCACAAUUGACGCUAUGUAGUCGGUGUAAACUACAUUUUCAGUGUAACAUUCCUAUCAUUUGAAAACCAGUUACUGUGUCAUGAAAUAGAUGGUGCUCAAGGACCGCUGCAAGCAGAGGAUCCAGAAUCUGAGAGGUCACCAAAUGCAAUCUCGGAGGGGAAAGAUGGACGUGUCAUGCUCAAACCUGAUCUUUCUUCUCAGAAGACCUCUGUUCUUCACCGUUUCCUCUUUAGUGAGGAAUUUGUGACAGUGAAUGUGUGCGGAGGUGUUUCAAUAACGUCAGUUCCUGUCCUCCCAUUUAUUAGUGAAUCUCCUUGCUCUAAGGUUAGUUUCUCACCAGAAAUAUGCAGGUCAUCAAAGAAAAAUUUGGCUCCUGCAUAAGAACAAGCAGAUGCUAUGGGGCCAAAAUGUACAAAUCCUGAUCAAGUGGCUACUUCUCUGCAGGAAAACUUGGAUUCAAAUGAACAGUCACUCCAUGGAGAUUAUGAGACUUUGCUCCAGAUACCAAUCGCCGCAGAAAAUCCAACACGUUUACAAGACUUUGUUGAGGAGGAGGUACCUGCAGAAGCUAGAAAGCCCCCGUCAGUUUCACAAACAAGCAAGACAACCCAUAUUAUUGAUGAUAUCGAAUUAAGCCCACGGUUGACUCAUUUCAUUGAGAAGGGUAUCGUCCCCGAGUCGCCUACUUUCAAGAGUAAUGAUUAUCCUCCAAAAGUGGCGUGCUCAGCACCUACGGGCAUCAUAGACGCUCCUGGAUAUCAGGGGUCACAUUAUGUUGCCGGAAGGAUCUUUGAAAGCAAAAUAGAAAACACAAUACCAAGUUCAUCAAUUCCUGAAGAAGCUCCAGAAGAGAUAAUUUCUCCGGCCAUAGCUGAUGAUUUGCCUUCCAUUCUCGUGUCACCUGGCUCUCCAUCUUCCGCAAAGGUACCAAGACAAAAUGAACAUGGUGUUGAAAAGGUGGAAACUUCUGUACAUGAAGCUGGUAUAAAAUGUCACAGCUCAGUCCAGCUUAUUGAAAAGACUCCAGUGGCUAGUCACACAAAGAAAGGCUCCAGUGAAGGAUGGAAAUCGGGUUCUGCCGAAGCCUUAAAAUCUGUUCAUCAAACUCCAAAAUAUAAAAGGUUGCGCAGGCAUCGUGAUGUUGUCCGAAAUCUUUCUUGCAAGCUCUUGGAAGAAAAUUUUUGUUCAUCUGUCAAACAGUUCUGCGAGCGCACAAGCAGGAGGAAUAUGAAGCAAGCAAAGAGGUUCAGAGGUAAACUGGGCUUUGACUUAUUCAAUGCAUUUUCAUGUGAAGCUAGGCCAAACUAGGUUGAUCCUCCAAGGGUACAAACUGAUCAGUCAGAUAAUGUACAUCAGUUCUCUUGUCGUGCCUGACCAUUCUUUUCUCUGCAUUCAGGCAAAGGGAAGGCCAAAUCCAAUCCCAACAAUUUCGUUGAAGAUGAAGCGGAGUAAGACAACCUUUAGACCAUCUUGUCAGCAUCAUCAUAUUGAUGAGAUAGUCUUUUCUUAAUUGCCACAAAUGAAAUCUACGACAAGAAAGUGAAAUAAUACAAUGAAUUAGUUUAUUAGAUAGCAAAGACAGAUAAUAUCAUCUCAUUUAAUUGAGUUUUAAUCUUGAUUACAAUUUCAUUGGGUUUUUUCCCCUGUUAUCCAUUCUCUUCAGGGUGUCUUCAGAUGCAAGAGCAUCAGAGGACGAAGAUGAUGACUCAGAUGAGAGUGGAUAUGAUGAUAGUUUCAUCAAUGAUGGAACCAAUUCUGCAGAAGCUAGUGCUCGACCAGAGAAUAGUGGGAGUGACAUGAUGGCAUUUUACAGGUAAGGGAAUCCGACGCUUCAUGACAUUUAUGCUCAUUUUCAUACCUUGCUAUCCCCAAAUACUGAGAAUUCUCAAUAUGAUGAUCCACAUAGCAUUGCGGAUCAUCAUAUAUAAUAUUAUAUUCGAUUAUUAUGAAUGUAGUCUCUUGAUAUUUAUUUGAAUAGCAAAUAAGACGCCCAUAGAUUUAAAGAAGGUGAUCCUAAAGCUUUGCGUUGACUCGCCAGAGAUUCUCUGUUGGGUUGGUCCAAUCAGAUAGAGCAUGGGAAAUGGGGAGGCCCUUAUUGAUUCACGGAGCUCCCCCCACUGGAAACUCGGCAUUAUUUUUACCAAUCAUCAGCUGCAUAAUCUGGACGUGAAUUGACCACAGGAUGAUUGGUGCACUUCCACUCAGUGAUUUCUACCAUUUCAGUAUCGCCAUGCAAUAAAUAUCCAUAUAACUAUCAUUCUUCGAUAAUUGAUCACUGAAAAUUUCAAAAUUCACCGUUAUUUUAGAUUUUCUCCACCAUCGAACUGUUAAAUAGGUAUCAAAAUGCUUGAACACAAUAUGAAUUUAUGAAUUGAAUUUGUUUUUAUUUGAUUAGAAAAAUAACAAAAUCCAAUUAGAACAAUUUUAGUUAUACCAUAUUAUUAUUAUAUAAUAAUAUGAUAUAACUAUAAUUUUAUGUGUUCGCUUCUUAGUGUUCUUGCUGUUUGUGGAUAUAUGAUUUUUACCUCGUUUGCUUCUUCGUCGUAUUACUCUUGACGCAGAUGCAUUGGCAUUGUUUGAGUUCAUGUUACAGGCGUUCUCUGCUCACCCAGUCACCAACAGCUAUGAGAAGAAGCCCAUUAUUUCCGGCAAAUUCGCCCGAUGAAUCUCUCUCCCCCUUGCCGGCCGAAACUGGAAGCUGUUCUUCAGGAAGGAUCACCAAUUCUCUUCAGACCCCUGGAAAUGUCUCAAGGCGCGGAAAUGAGUCUCCUGCGCCGAACUCCAUUACCUACCCAGCACGCUCAAGAACUCUCAACUUAUGCGAAAAUGGAGAAACCAGUCGAACCAGAGAAGGGAAGAAGAGUAAGAUGACAGAGGUCAGGAAGAAGAAGCUAAGUUUCCCGCAUGUUGACCUGGAUCCUGCGCCAAAUCUCCGGCUAGAGCAUCCUACUGACCCAGAGUCAGCUCAAGGUCAACCUCCCCAUGCUGACUUGGCUAUUGUCACGCUAUCGGACGAUGACUUCUACGAGGGCCUGGAUCUUGAUGCUGUGGAGGCACAUGCGGCUGAGCUCCUGAGGUGCAAGCCCGAGAUGCCAGUGGGUCCCACCGAUAAGAUUGACGAACACCCUGAUGAAGAUUUUGCGGCUUCUCCAUCGUUUGACCUUGGGAUUCAACUCGGUUGA